GGGCUUGGCACCAAAAGGUUAUCUUUUCUUUGCUUGUCACACUUGCACAAUCACACAAGGAUGCUUCAAGCUGCAUGUGUGAGCGAGAUGAAGGCUGGGUGAGAAAGAGAGCGCUGCACAACAGCAAGUGUGUCAAUGUGAGAAAGGGAGAGAAAGAGUCACAGAGAUACAAGUUCUGCUCCACCCACAAGCAUCCAAGUCCAAAUUGCGGGGGAGGUGAAACCGUUCAGAGUUUACUGUGCUGCUAAGUGGCAUUAUUUAGUUGCUUGAGUAAGGAGAAGGGGCUUGUCAACACAUCUCCUACAGAAUUCCACCCUGUUGGAGGAGCAAUGACUUCUACUAAGCUUCGAAAGGAGAGGGUGGGAGUGGUGGACUAUGACACACAGAUAAAAGAGAUGCGUUGCCAGCUCCUGGACCAGCUGAAGGUGCUGGACGUGCAGUUGGAGCAGAAGACCCAGCAGCUGCAGGACAUGACGGACUACCUGCGGCGACGGGGCGAGAUUGAAAGCGAAUAUUCACGCUCCCUGGAAAAACUCGCGGAAAGGUUCACGUUGAGGGUUAAAAGGAAGGAGCCGAGCUCCCACUCAGUCUCCCAGGUCUGGCUGGCUCUGCUGUCUCAGACCCGCCAGGAAAGUAAGGACCACAGCGGACUGAGUGAAAGUUGCAGCAACCUCCUCAUAAUGCCAGUCAUGCACUGUCUGGAUUACACACAGCGUCUGGCUAAGAAGAGUAAAGACCUUUGUACUCAGCUGCAAGACGGGCUACUCAAGGUUACCAUGGAGCUGCAGACAGCAUGGCGGACUUACCACCAGUACCACUCAGAGUUUGUCUGUGCAGAGGGGAAGCUGAGGGAGGCCGAGAAACAGGAGGAAAAGCAAAAGCAGAGUGCGGCUAAAAAACUGGAGCGGUUGAUAGAAAAAAGGCAAAUUAAAGUCCAGGAGAAACAGCUGAAGUGCAGCAAGGCCAGGAAUGAAUACCUCCUCAACCUGUCCGCAGCCAACUCUUCCAUGAACAAAUACUACCUUCAGGACAUCACCACGCUCAUAGAUUGUGCAGAUGUGGGUUACCACUUCUCUUUGGGUCGGGUGAUGAAGGCCUACCUGACCAGACAGUCGUGGGCCCAGCAGAACCUGAGCUCGGGUCUGCAGCAGCUCCAGGAGGCCAUGGCCGGACUGGACCAGAGCCGAGACAGAGACGCCCUCCUGCAGGACCACGACAACACCUUCUCCAUGCCCCUCCGCUUCCCCUACCAGCCCCACGAAGAAGACCAGAUUUCUGAAGUUAGUGCAGAGUGCGAAUUGAGGUGUGAAAUGGAGACCCGAUUCAAGCAGAUACAGGCCCGACUGAAAACUGUGACUGAAGAAACGGAAGAGGCUGGUAAAAGCAUGUCAACAGCCAAGUCCGCGCUGCUGGACGGCAUUGGUGAUGACGACCUGGAGUCCAGCAUGGGUUGUGGUCCUUCUCAGGUGGGCAGCACUGAGAAUCUGACCGUUAAACCCAGCGUUGCGCGGCGCAGGGCCAGCAUACUGGAAAUAGAAAACGUCUACUUCGCUAAAGUAAAAGAAUAUCUGGUUGGCAGCUCAUUGGUGUCUAAGCUCCAAGCAAAACAUGACCUGCUUAAAGUGGCUGUGGAAAAAGCUGAAGCAUCAAAUGGACAUAAGCCCAGGUUUUCUGGAAGGUCACUGCGUAUGAGAAAGAAUCAUUCAAGUGCCAAUUUGAUCCACAAUCACAAGCUUUUCAGUGGAGACAUGCUGUCCUUCAUAAAGGCUUCAGGACAACAGAUACCAUGUGUUGUGGAAAGCUGCAUUCACUUCAUCAAUCUUUAUGGUCUCCACCAUGAAGGGAUUUUUAGAGUACCAGGAUCUCAGAUGGAGGUCAAUGUUCUAAGAGAUGCAUUCGAACGAGGAGAGGACCCACUGUCUGAGCGACGAUAUGAUCUGGACUCUAUAGCGGGAGUGUUGAAGCUCUACUUCAGAUGUCUGGACAAUCCUCUGUUUCCUGUCAACAGCACCAGUCAGCUCUUGGAAUGCAAUCAGAUAAAGGACGAUGCGGCGCGAGCAGCUCAGCUCAAGGCAAUUGUGUCUUCUUACCCUGAGCCCAUCAUUGUUGUCAUGAGAUACCUCUUUGCCUUCCUUCAUCAUGUGUCUCAGUACAGUGACGAGAACAUGAUGCAGCCGUACAAUCUGGCUGUGUGUUUCGGCCCCAGUCUGGUGAGAGGCCUGCAGGACGAUGAAGUUGUGACUCUGCAGCCUCAGGUCAACGCCCUGGUGAAGGACAUCAUCCUGCAGCAUGAAAGCAUUUUUCCCAGCCAGAGUGAAGUACAAGGACCAAUGUAUGAGAAGUGCAUGACUCUCGAACAGGACGACUGUGAGGUUAUUAUUGAAGGAGAAGUUGAGGUGGAUUACAGCCAAAGCAGAGAUGAUGUAGAAAUGGGAUUUCCGACAGCUAUUGGUCCAGAUGCGUCUGCAGCAACUGCACUGACGAAAGUUGAGCGUCCAAGAGCAAACAGCAGCGGCUGCUUAGAUUACAGGAAGGUACCAAUAGGGGGCGUCCUUUCUGCAUCCGGAAAGCUAACACUCCAGAUUCCAGUUGGACCACAGUACAGGCAGAAAAAAGUGCUCUCUCCAUCUUAUACACGCAAAGAAUAUCAACAUUCAUCCUCGGAUGACUUGUCUGCUAAAGUUGAUAAGGAGGUCUGUAAUAACAUGGAGUCGGUCUUCAAGGAGCUUCUGACACGACAAAUGCAGCAAGACCCUGCCAUCUUGGCUACUUCUGCCCAGGCUCAACAAAAAAAGGGGAAACGUGACGGACGGAAAGGGAAAGGAACCAGUCUUUUCAGAUCAACCGAGCAACUGGACUGAGUGGACCAGCAGCAGCAGCACAUGACAGGAACAGACAUGAUGCUAAUGAAAACCGAGGGGCACCAUGAAGGGGUUGGACAGCAGCUUUCAGCACAUUUAUUUCUAGAAACUGGAAGCCAGUGACCCAUGACCCCUCCUCCGAGGCACCCGUGACUCAGUAUUCUCUGUCAUGAUUUUUCAUUUUCACAUCUGCUGGAGUGACUUCAAACCCACAGUAAAUUAUGAAAACUGGGAAUGACUUGAAAUGAAAAGAUAUUUGCAUAGAACUAAAUGAAGAUUGGUUGUCAGCUGAAGGUAGAAAACUUAUAGACAAACGUGAAUAUGAACUGAGACUGGAGUGAUUGUAUUUAAUACCUUGUUUCCUAUUUUGAUUUAUCCGUAUAUAAUAAAUACAUUUCCUUUAUUUUCAAAUUUUAUUCCCAGGCAAAUAUGCACUUAAGCAAUACCUAAGGCUUUAGAAAGCUCUACAACAGUCAAAUUUUGUUUUCUCUUUUCAGAAAUACUUAAUGAUGGAAAAAGAACUGAACUUAAAAUCUGAGCCACAUUGUAAAAAAUGAUUUUCAUUCAAUACGGUCUGCUUUGUUUCCUUUAUGUGAAGGAAUAACUGGAAAUAAACAUUCCUUAUUAUUUUUCACAUGUUAACAUGUGAACAAAAUAUGUUACAAAAUACUUCACUACUUUGAACAUUUUGGCCACCCUCUUCUGUACAUGAGUGUAUCAAUGACAUUGGUUUUCCUUGCCUUAAAUCACAGAACCACUAUAAACAGUUAAACUUUUUUUAUUUGAGAUUAUCAAAACAAUAAAUGUACUUAUGCUACAUUCAAA